AUGGAUUCGACCCCACAGGUAUUCCGCAAGGCUCGCGGUCUCUCGAAAGUCUCCUAUCUGUCUACAACGCGGACUUGCUCGAAGACAGCCAGACACGGGGUGGAGACGCUCUACAAUGGGAUGGUCGACGACGUGGGCUUCAUCAACAACCGGAAAGACAGAAAAACAGACGUUUUCCAAGCUCGAAAAAGCGUAGUGAAAAAGCAGGAAUUUGGGCCAGCCGACAUGCGUCAGUUUUCAAACCCGAAAAGACAGAGGCAGGAAGGUCGCCUACUUCUCGUCAAGGUCAAGACGGGCUCACCUCAAUCAUUGCACCUGAGCAUGCAGCAACGAAAUACCUCGGCUUCUGGCUUGAUCCCCGGCUGGCUCGUUGCUUGCCAUCGUGAAAAGGCAAUCAUCAAAGGCAGCACGUCUCUGAAAUCUCUACGGAGCCUUGCUACAGCUCCGCGUGGGGUGCGUCUACGUCAGCAAUGCGGCGGAUAUAUCAGGCAGUCGUGGUGCCGCAGCUGCUCUAUGGUGUCGGCUGCGGUUGGUAUCCUUCGAAGAAGAAAAGGAAGUCAUGGCAUAUCGGCAGCAAAUUCGCCGCAAGACGCUCUCUCCGAGCAGCUCGUCAGAAUCGCUGCAGUCAACUCAUCAGGCUGGCUGAUGAACGGACUGUGCGAUGCAUCCACCGUCUCCGGUCCUCAUCCCGAUGAUCCCUUGGCAGUGCCUUCAACCAUCAUCUUCUGCACCGUGAGAGGAAUUGCCGCAUCCUGGAGACAGUACAAGUAG